AUGGCCGCACUUUCACCCCCAAGCGCGGCCCCAUCAGCCGCAUCAACGUCCUACACGGACCAGGUGGCUGCCACCACCUUCAAGCGGCUCCAUCCCUCGGCCUACCUUCGCCGCUUCCUCGACGCCGGCGUCCGCGAAGACGCUCGCCACCUCGACCACUUCCGCCCCGCCACCAUCUCCCUCGGCCCCGUAUCGACCGCGCACGGCAGCGCAUUCGUAAAGCUCCAAAACACCGUAUGCAUCGCCGCAGUAAAGGCAGAGGUCGCAACCCCGCUCCUCUCCAGGCCCGACCAGGGUUUCCUCGUUCCCAACGUCGAGCUACCCGCCCUCUCGUCGACCCGCUUCAAGCCAGGUCCACCGGGCGACGAGGCCCAGGUCCUUACCGACCGGCUCCUCACUUUCCUCAACAGCUCCUCGACACUCGAUCGUACCCAUCUCGUCAUCCAGCCAGGCGCAGCGGUGUGGUGCCUCUACCUCGACAUCACCUUUAUCUCGUACGACGGAAACGCCCUCGACGCCGCCGUCCUCGCAUCCAUGGCCGCCCUCCGUCACACCUCGCUGCCCAACGCCGUCUUCCACCCGGAAACGUCAGAGACGAGGCACCACCCAGACGGCGGAUCGGCCAAGCUGCGCCUCAACAACCUCCCGCUCUGCGCCAGCUUUGGCGUGUUCGAGGCCGCGCAACUCCUGGCCGACCCGUCCGCCUUUGAGUCCUCGCUCGUCAACUCCCAUGCCAGCAUCGGCAUCCUCGCCCCUUCCUCUCCCGCCGAGUCUAGCACUCAGACCCACACUUGCUACCUCUAUCAGUCCGGCAGCCUCCGAACAAUCGCAAAACGCGACGAGAGCGACGCUGCCGCAGCAGUACCCGCAGCAGCACAGUCGGACCAGCAGAACCUCGACGCCUGCAUCCGCCUCGCAAAGCUGCGCUGCGACCAGCUCGCCCAUGCCCUCUUCGACGCCGAGGCUCGCCAUGCCUAG